CUUAGGAACCGAGAGCGGCGGCCGUGAGCUUGGCGGCCGUUUGGCGUGAGAGCGUGCUGUUGACAAGGCCGCCAUGUUCUGCGAAAAAGCCCUGGAGCUGGUGCGCGAGCUGCACGGCGCGCCGGAAGGGCAGCUGCCCCCCUUCAAUGAAGAUGGACUCAGGCAAGUUCUGGAAGAAAUGAAAGCUUUAUAUGAACAGAACCAGUCUGAUGUAAAUGAAGUGAAGUCAGGCGGGCGAAGCGAUCUGAUACCAACCAUCAAAUUCCGGCACUGCUCCUUGCUGAGGAACCGACGCUGCACGGCCGCGUACCUGUAUGACCGGCUGCUGCGCAUUAGGGCCCUCAGGUGGGAGUGUGGGAGUGUCCUGCCCCACGCGGUGCGGUCGCACCUGUCUGCAGAAGAGAUGGAGUGGUUCAAUCACUAUAAAAAGUCCCUUGCAACUUACAUGAGGUCCUUGGGAGGAGAUGAUGGUUUGGAUAUCACACAGGAUAUGAAACCUCCAAAGAGCCUAUAUAUAGAAAAGAGGCCCAGAAUCAGUGACUAACCCCGGAGUCUGGGUAUUCUGGAGUCGGAAUGCCACCUGCCACUGAAGAAACCAGGACUCCUUGAAAACAGUGGGCCAUUCCAGGUCACAGAUAAGGAAUGUUAAGCUUGAGCCUGGGACGCCUGAUCUUUGUACCAAGAACUACAGUGGGUCAGGGGGGGCUAAAAAGGCUCAGGAGCUGAUUGGAAGGGGCCUCACUUUACAGACUGUUUGAGCAUCAGAAUGAUCGACUGCAGCGAAUUGUAUCGCAUCACCUAGCAGCACGGGUGCACACUGACACCAAGCAACGAUGCUGAUCAUUUAAAAAAUAAGACCUCUUCGGGUCCUCUUGGGGAAUGUGAGAAAUGCAACUCAGUUUAAAAAGUGGUAAUAAAAGAAUGGAGUCAAGCACUUACCUGCCUUUACAAUACACAUUCAUCUCAGGGCAGCCAGAUUGUUCACAAGGGAAAUUUCUUUUUUAUGGAAGAUUUCCAGCUAAUAAAUGCAGCAGGAAUAAAAGGACUAAAUGCCAUUUUGUAGCCAAAAGGCACAGAGCUACGAAAACCAUUAUGAGAGGGUUAUGGGAGACCGUGAUACUAGGUGGAUGUGGCUGGGAAUGGAUGACGCCUGGACCCGCUGAUCAGUGCGACGUUCAGAAAGGCACAGCGAGCCAUUCUGUGCCGGGUGCGGUCUGGCAACAGGGAGUGCAUAAACCGCUCGCCAGAAAAUCAGAUCUGAUCUGCUCCAGCCUCUAGACCUAACUUCCAAUCCGUAGGAAAUUCAGGGACAAAGGAACAUGCUAAAUGAGCCCACAGGAAUCCACAAAAGCUGUUUGUGUGAAACUACCAAACACACUGCCCAGUUUCUUUGACAAAUAAAUUGCCGAGGGGCACGAGGAAGAAAAGGGGGAGACCCCAGAGAUUACAGGGGGCUCAGAGACGUCUCAGAGAUGUGUGGUGUGCGACCCUUGAUGGAUUCUCAUUUGACCAUAGCAGCUUUAAAAAGAAAUUCAUGAGACGGGCGGGGACGUUUGGAUAUUAACCGGAUAUUUCAUGAUAUACUAAGAAUUAUUGAUUAAUAAGAUGUGAUAAUGACAGUGAGAUUAUGUUUUUAAAAAAUAAUCUUACUUUGUAGAAAUAGAUACUAAAGUAUUCAUACAUGAAAUGAAACGGUAUCUAGGAUUUGCUUCAAAAUAAGCCACAAGUGGGUGAGGGAACAAGAUGGGCCAUAUGCUGAUAAUUGUCGGAGCUGGCUGAGCUCCAUUAUAUACAUGAGCUUCUUACUUUUGAAAGUGUUAGACAUUUUCCAUAAUAAAAGUGUUUAAGAAGCAAAAAGGUGGUAGUGGUAGAAAUAUCAUUCUAAAAUGAUAUUUCUCGAACCAAAUUAAAGUACCUUUGGGAGUCAUGGUGAGAUUCCAGAGGAAUCAGGAUGUGGACUUACCUACCUGGGAAAAGUGAAGACUAAAACUCGCUGCAGGAGUUGGCUUUGUGGUGUUUACGAGAGUAACCCAGCCCUGGGUUCCCACAGGAGAUGACACCUGUCCCCCUGGUCUCCUCUGGCAGCACGGGGAGCUGUCACUGUGGCCUCCCCUCCGGGGACACCGUUGACCCUUCCUCUUCUGUUAUCAGAAGGCUGCCCCAGCAGGAGGCCGCAGCGCUUCCUCCCCCGGGCACUGCCAGCGCUCCUGGGAGAGAGCCUCGGUACCUGAGGAGGGCGAAAGUAUCUCUUUAAACAUCUUUAAACAGUUGCCCUUGCCUGUGUCCUGGUCUCAGAUACUGGUAUUUCAUGGGGGGAUUCCAAGGGGCGGGCUGGAGUGGAUCCCAGACAUUUUCUUCUCUUUGUGGAUACGUAUUUCAACGGCUUGAUUCCUCAGGACUCGCAGAGUGGAAAGAAUGCAGGGACGCCAGCCCCCUUCAGCAGCUCCCUGGGUCCUUGCUGUCAGCCGCCGACACACACAUACACUCGGAGGCCAUUACAGUUCCUCCUCCCCACAAAACGGCACCCGGAACCACUGGCCCCCACAGGGAAGGAGCACGAGGCGUGGGUGGGCAGAGA